GCACUCAGAAAGUAUAUAUAUUUCAAAAGACCUAUGUUUAUAUACAGUUAGAGCAUGUAUAGACAGUUAGUACUGUGUUAUACACAAGAUAGAAACGGUAUAAUAGUACAAUGUGUGUAUUCAUUUUGCCCAUUCUGUUGAAAGACUUUCUUAAAUGUAAGUAAACGGAAUGAAAUGGGGAGUGACCUUCCUGAAGGGACAUACACCCGUGAAUGGGAGAGCCAAGCGGUUAAAUAUUGACUAUUCCUUUAAGAGCAGAGUAUCAGCCCAGCAGUCAGCAAACAGUGUAGGGAGGUGCUUAGGAAUGUCACAUUGCUGAAGUGCUUAGGAACGUCACAUUGCUGAGGUGCUUAGGAAUGUCACAUUGCUGAGGUGCUUAGGAACGUCACAUUGCUGAGGUGCUUAGGAACGUCACAUUGCUGAAGUGCUUAGGAACGUCACAUUGCUGAGGUGCUUAGGAACGUCACAUUGCUGAGGUGCUUAGGAACGUCACAUUGCUGAGGUGCUUAGGAACGUCACAUUGCUGAGGUGCUUAGGAACGUCACAUUGCUGAGGUGCUUAGGAACGUCACAUUGCUGAGGUGCUUAGGAACGUCACAUUGCUGAGGUGCUUAGGAACGUCACAUUGCUGAGGUGCUUAGGAACGUCACAUUGCUGAGGUGCUUAGGAACGUCACAUUGCUGAAGUGAAACUAAAAUGACAACCUAAAUGUUAUGAACAGGAUCGAAUGUUUACACUUUAAAGAAUCUAUCUAUACAGCUGUACUGUUACCUACUGUAGUCUCCAGUCCUGGAGCCUUUUUCUGAUCAGAGGAAGAGAACUAACAGAGUCAACAGACUCUGAGGUGAGUAAAGAGAAGAUAGAGUUAUAAUAUGUGAUAAUCUUCACUGCUAUGGUGCGCUGUAUUGAGAAAAGCCAGGCUGAGCUCAUUGAGGUGGUUGAGGGGAAGCAGAAAGCAGCAGAGAGGCGGGCUGAAGGGCUCAUUGAAGAGUUGGAGCAGGAAAUCACUGAGCUAAAGAGAGGAAGCACUGAGCUGGAGCAGCUCUCAGAUAUUGAGGACCACCUUCACCUCCUUCACAGCUCCCCAUCCCUCUGUACUACCCUUCCACACACAAAUAACUGGUCUGAGAUCUGUGUUCAUAGCAGUGUGGGUGUGGGGACUCUGGGGAGAGUUUUGUCUCAGCUGGAGGAGACCCUCGGUAAAGAGAUGAAAAAUGUGUGUGUUGCUGAUCUGAAGAAGAUACAGCAGUAUGCAGUGGAUGUGACUCUGGACCCUGAUACAGCAUAUGCCAAACUCAUCCUGUCUAAGGACAGGAAACAAGUGAGAUAUGGAGACAAAAAGCAGAAUCUCCCUGCCAACCCAGAGAGAUGUGAUUAUCAUACCCGUGUUUUAGGAAAGGAUGGGUUCUCCUCGGGGAGAUUCUACUAUGAAGUUCAGGUGAAAGGGAGGACUUCGUGGGGUUUAGGAAUGGCUAGAGAGUCCAUCAACAGGAAGGGAGUGAAUCUAUUGAGUCUUGCCAAUGGAUACUGGGCUUUGGGGCUGGAGAAUGGGGAUGAGUAUGAGGUUUGCACUGGGUUUUAUGUCCCCCUCACCCUGAGAGAGAAGCCCCAGAAGGUGGGGGUGUUUGUGGAUUAUGAGGAGGGUGAGGUCUCCUUUUACAACGUGGAGGCCAGGUCUCAUAUCUACUCUUUCACUGGCUGCACCUUCACUGAGAGACUCCACCCACUGUUCUCUACAGGCUAUCAUCCUUCCAACACAACUCCUCUUAUCAUCUCUCCCAUCAAGUCUGACUGAGUUUAGGGAACAGGGAAUUCAGUCACACAGACACAAAGCAUGUGCACAAUAUCACUGUGUUUAUAUUUGUACAUUCAUUAGAGAAUAUGUUUGUAUAUGUUUAGCAGCUUAUUUAUUUGCAUUCUGCUGGUAUCUUCUCUGAUAUCAUAACACUGUAUAUUACAAUGAAAAUAUAAAAGUUUUACAUUUGAGUCCAUGUGCAAUUUCUCCCUUGGAUUUACCAACUAUGCAUACUGUCAGAGCCGGUCCUGACCUCCCUGGGGCCCUAAGCAAAAUUCUGCUAAGGGGCCCUCCUACCUGACCCGUGUGCCAUGUAAACCAUUUGCUAUUGCCACACAGUCACACCUGACACCCCAGUGCUCCCACUACAAUCCUCCCUCCCAGUGGCGGUUCAUUCAGACAUUUGGAACAACACAAAUAAAUAAUCAUAACAUUUAAAACUAUAUAAAUAUAAAUAUAUGUACAAAAAUAAGACUCAUAAAUAUCAAAAAAGAAGUAACAGAGACAAAUAGAAACAAAUUGUAGUAUAUAAAUACACAUAAUAUAGUGAAUCAAAUUAUUAUACUAUUCCCCUAUUGCUAACUGUAACGUCCGGGGUCUGGUGGGUGAGAAGUCAGGCGCAGGAAGCAGAGUGUCACACCCUGACCUUAGUAUUCAUUGUUUUCUUUGUUAUUUUGGUUAGGUCAGGGUGUGACAUGGGUGAUGUGUGUGUUUUUGUCUUGUCUAGGGGUUUUGUAUGUUUAUGGGGGUGUUUCCUAUCUCGGUGUAUGUCUAUGGUCUAUGGUUGCCUAGAUUGGUUCUCAAUUAGAGGCAGCUGUCUGUCUAUCGUUGUCUCUGAGUGUGAACCAUAUUUAGGCAGCCAUAUUCUUUGGGUAUUUUGUGGGUGAUUGUUCCUGUUUCAGUGUGCCAGUGUUUAGUGUUCACGUUACGUGUCGUCUUCGUUCAUUUUGUUGGUUUGUUGUUUUUGUUCAUUGUUUAAGUAAUUCCCAUUAAAUAUGGAUUAUAUUCACACUGCAUCU